AAAUAUUUCAAAAUGUGACACAGAGGCACGAUGUGAGCACACGGUUUCUGGGAAAAGGACUCCAGUAGACUGGCUUGGCUGAUGGACUUGCUUGACACAGGGUUGCCACAAACUUUUGUGAAAAAUGCAGUAUCUGGGAAGCAGGAUAGAGGGAAGCACAGUUGAAGGAGAUAUGCCUGUAUUUUCUUACUGGAGUGGUAAUACCGAACAACUAAGAAUUUUCUCUUCUUUCUGGUCAUUUCAUAUUCCUAAAAUAGUUACUGAGACGGAAAAAACAAAGCUCCAGAUGAGAUAAAUGGUGAAAUGGAAAACAAUCUCCAUUUGCCAAUCAGUAAUUUUAAAAUUAUAUUAAUUAAUAUAUUAAUUUCCAUUUCACCAUUUAUAUCACCUGGAACUUUGUUUUGUGCCUCAGUAAAUAUUCUUAGUGUACGAAAAGUGCUGAGUUGGACAUUCUGUUCUGAUGCUGGACAGGUUUUUUUCUUUGUCCAUGGUCCUGAUACUUUCCUUGUUUCAUAAAAACAAUUCUGCCUUAGUCUGAAUAGUCAAGUAAUACACCAGGGUUGCAGUGAAGAAGGCUGGAGGAAGCAGUGGGUUUGGCUAGUACUGAAAACAAAAAUUGUUUUUCUUUUUUGGGGCAAUAUACUUUUUUCUAUUAGCUUUUCCUUUCUAAUUAAGUUACACUAAAUUAAUAUCUAAUGGAUUUGUAAAUUCUGAAUAUUAGUUGACAGUUUUCCUAAGGGAGGCCUGAAAUAAUUAGAUGACAGGGGCUUGGCCUGGGGUUUGAAAUUCACUGUAGAUAAACCAGAGUGACAAAUCCAUCAUUAGAUAAUGAAGGAUUACAAAUGGUUAUGUGAAUUUGUAGAAGGAUCAGAGCGUACCGUGUAAUUCCUAUUCCAGCCCAGCUAUCUGCCAUGCGUAUUUCCAAUAUGCUUUCUACUAACAGUUUAGAAAUGUUAUCUGGAGAUUCCAGGGUCUCUCAAGACAGCUACUUUUUGUUAAGUGUUCUCACGUCAUUUUAUAAUGCUGAGGAUGAAUCAAAUCUUCUCUUACCUAAACUACCUACACUGCCAAAAAACUAUAGCAACACCUCAAAAAUAUUUAGUGAAGAAAAUUCUGAUGAAAUUAUUAAGCUUUUGGGAGAUGUCAGGCUUAAUAUUCUUGUCCUUGGAGGAAGCUCUGGGUUUAUUGAGCUUUAUGCUUAUGGAAUGUUUAAAAUUGCUCGAGUCACAGGGAUUGCUGGUACUUGUCUUGCAUUAUGUUUAUCAAGUGAUUUGAAAUCAUUAUCCGUGGUCACAGAAGUCUCUACCAGUGGUGCUUCAGAAGUUUCAUACUUUCAGCUUGAAACCAAUCUCUUGUACUCUUUCUUACCUGAAGUAACUCGGAUGGCCCGAAAGUUUACUCACAUUUCAGCUCUUUUACAGUAUAUAAAUUUGUCACUAACAUGUAUGUGUGAAGCAUGGGAAGAAAUACUAAUGCAGAUGGAUUCUCGUCUCACCAAGUUUGUGCAGGAAAAGAACACAACCACAUCAGUGCAAGAUGAGUUCAUGCACUUGCUAUUAUGGGGGAAAGCAAGUGCUGAACUUCAGACUCUCCUGAUGAAUCAGUUAACAGUAAAGGGCUUAAAAAAGCUUGGCCAGUCUAUAGAGUCGUCAUAUUCCAGUAUACAAAAAUUGGUCAUAAGUCACUUACAGAGUGGCUCAGAGUCUUUAUUAUACCAUUUGAGUGAAUUGAAAGGAAUGGCUUCGUGGAAGCAAAAGUAUGAACCUCUUGGACUAGAUGCUGCAGGAAUCGAAGAUGCCAUAACUGCUGUGGGUUCUUUUAUACUCAAGGCAAAUGAACUUCUUCAAGUUAUAGAUAGUAGUAUGAAAAACUUCAAAGCAUUUUUUCGGUGGCUCUAUGUGGCAAUGUUGAGAAUGACAGAAGACCACGUGCUUCCCGAGCUGAACAAGGUAAUGACUCAGAAAGAUAUCACAUUUGUUGCUGAAUUUCUUACUGAACAUUUCAAUGAGGCUCCAGACCUUUAUAAUCGAAAAGGAAAAUACUUUAACGUUGAAAGAGUUGGUCAGUACUUGAAAGAUGAAGAUGAUGAUCUUGUGUCACCCCCUAACACAGAAGGAAACCAGUGGUAUGACUUUCUUCAAAAUAGCAGCUACCUGAAAGAAAGUCCUUUGCUGUUUCCUUACUAUCCUCGAAAAUCAUUGCAUUUUGUGAAAAGGCGGAUGGAGAACAUUAUUGAUCAGUGUUUACAAAAGCCAGCAGAUGUAAUUGGGAAAUCGAUGAAUCAAGCAAUCUGUAUUCCAUUGUAUAGAGAUACCAGAAGUGAAGACUCUGCACGUAGAUUGUUCAAAUUUCCUUUUCUGUGGAAUAAUAAAACUUCAAAUCUACAUUAUCUUCUUUUUACUAUUCUAGAAGAUUCACUUUAUAAAAUGUGCAUCUUAAGGAGACAUACCGAUAUUUCUCAAUCUGUAAGUAAUGGACUAAUUGCUAUUAAAUUUGGGAGCUUUACAUAUGCCACAACGGAAAAAGUUAGAAGAAGCAUCUACAGUUGUUUAGAUGCACAGUUUUAUGAUGAUGAAACUGUAACGGUAGUUCUUAAAGACACUAUCGGACGUGAAGGAAGAGAUAGACUCUUGGUCCAGCUGCCUUUGUCUUUAGUAUAUAACAGUGAAGAUUCUGCAGAAUAUCAGUUCACUGGGACUUAUUCUACAAGGCUAGAUGAACAAUGUAGUGCCAUUCCCACCCGUACCUUGCAUUUCGAGAAGCACUGGAGAUUGCUGGAAAGUAUGAAAGCACAGUAUGUUGCUGGGAAUGGUUUUCGAAAAGUAUCCUGUGUGUUAAGCUCCAAUCUUCGUCAUGUGAGAGUAUUUGAAAUGGACAUAGAUGAUGAAUGGGAGCUCGAUGAGUCUUCAGAUGAAGAGGAGGAGGCCAGUAAUAAGCCUGUGAAAAUAAAGGAAGAGGUGCUGUCGGAGUCGGAGGCAGAGAACCAACAAGCCGGUGUUGCUGCUUUAGCUCCAGAGAUAGUCAUUAAAGUGGAAAAACUUGACCCUGAGCUGGAUUCGUAAUCUGGCUUGCUAUUACUGUGUGUGUGAUUAUGGCCAAAAGGACUUAGGAGAUGGACUGAGAUGUCUUGGACCACCUUUAAUUUUCUUUGUGUAACAAAGAAAUAAACAGUAAAUUUUAUUUUUUCA